CCAACAUGGCGCCGAGCGCUGGGGUACCCACCUCUCCACCCUGGAGCAUCCUCCUUAGGGGGAGGAGGGGAGGGGCUCCGGGAUGGCCGAGGAGAAGAAGCUGAAGCUCAGCAACACAGUGCUGCCCUCGGAGUCCAUGAAGGUCGUAGCCGAGUCCAUGGGCAUCGCUCAGAUUCAGGAGGAGACCUGCCAGCUGCUGACGGACGAGGUCAGCUACCGCAUCAAGGAAAUCGCGCAGGAUGCUUUGAAGUUCAUGCACAUGGGGAGGCGGCAGAAGCUCACCACCAGUGACAUUGACUAUGCGCUGAAGCUGAAGAACGUCGAGCCUCUUUAUGGCUUCCAUGCCCAGGAGUUUAUCCCUUUCCGUUUUGCCUCUGGUGGGGGCCGGGAGCUUUACUUCUACGAGGAGAAGGAGGUUGAUCUGAGUGACAUCAUCAAUACGCCUCUGCCCCGGGUGCCCCUGGACGUCUGCCUCAAAGCGCAUUGGUUGAGCAUCGAAGGGUGCCAACCGGCUAUACCAGAGAACCCGCCUCCAGCUCCCAAAGAGCAGCAGAAGGCGGAGGCCACAGAACCCCUGAAGUCAGCAAAGCCAGGCCAGGAGGAGGACGGGCCCUUGAAAGGCAAAGGUCAGGGUGCUGCUACAGCCGACAGCAAAGGGAAAGAGAAAAAGGCACCGCCCUUGCUGGAAGGAGCUCCUUUGCGACUGAAACCCCGAAGUAUCCAUGAGUUGUCUGUGGAACAACAGCUCUACUACAAGGAGAUCACUGAAGCCUGUGUGGGGUCGUGCGAGGCCAAGAGAGCAGAAGCUCUGCAGAGCAUUGCCACAGACCCGGGCCUCUAUCAGAUGCUGCCACGGUUCAGCACCUUCAUCUCGGAGGGGGUCCGUGUGAACGUGGUGCAGAACAACCUGGCUCUGCUCAUCUACCUCAUGCGCAUGGUGAAGGCGCUGAUGGAUAACCCGACGCUGUAUCUAGAAAAAUACGUGCAUGAGUUGAUCCCGGCUGUGAUGACCUGCAUCGUCAGCAGGCAGCUGUGCUUGCGACCAGAUGUGGAUAAUCACUGGGCCCUCCGGGACUUUGCUGCCCGCCUGGUGGCCCAGAUCUGCAAGCAUUUCAGCACAACCACUAACAACAUCCAGUCUCGAAUUACCAAGACCUUCACCAAGAGCUGGGUGGAUGAGAAGACCCCAUGGACCACGCGAUACGGCUCCAUUGCAGGCCUGGCAGAGCUGGGACAUGAUGUGAUUAAGACUCUGAUUCUGCCACGGCUGCAGCAGGAGGGGGAGCGGAUCCGCAGUGUCCUAGAUGGCCCGGUGCUGAGCAAUAUCGACCGGAUCGGAGCUGACCACGUGCAGAGCCUCCUCCUGAAACACUGCGCCCCAGUUCUGGCAAAGCUGCGCCCACCACCUGACAAUCAGGAUGCCUAUCGGGGAGAAUUUGGGUCCCUCGGCCCCCUCCUCUGCUCCCACGUGGUCAAGGCCCGGGCCCAGGCUGCUCUGCAGGCCCAGCAGGUCAACAGGACCACUCUGACUAUCACUCAGCCCCGGCCCACGCUGACGCUCUCCCAGGCCCCUCAGCCUGGUCCUCGGACGUCUGGCUUGUUGAAGGUCCCUGGCUCCAUUGCACUGCCUGUCCAGACGCUGGUGUCUGCUCGGGCUGCCGCCCCUCCUCAGCCUUCCCCUCCUCCAACCAAGUUUAUUGUGAUGUCCUCGUCCUCUAGUGCCUCAUCUACUCAACAGGUUCUGUCCUUCAGCACCUCAGCUCCUGGCUCGGGCUCUACCACUACCUCCCCUGUCACCACCACUGUCCCCAGUGUGCAGCCCAUUGUCAAGCUAGUCUCCACAGCUACCACCGCACCCCCUAGCACGGCUCCCUCUGGUCCUGGCAGCGUCCAGAAGUACAUCGUGGUUUCUCUUCCACCAACAGGGGAAGGCAAAGGAGGCCCCCCCGCCCAUCCUUCUCCAGUUCCUCCUGCCGCAUCAUCCCCUUCCCCCCUCGGGGGCAGUGCCCUCUGUGGGGGAAAGCAGGAAGCUGGGGAUAGCCCCCCUCCAGCCCCUGGAACUCCAAAGGCUAAUGGCUCCCAGCCCCCUGGAUCUAGCUCCCCUCAGCCUGCUCCUUGA